AUGAAGCACAAAUAUAUUCUCACCUCUACACAGGUGUGGCCUUGCACCUCCUACUCAGCAGGAGUCCCACUCCCAUCGCUGGGCAGCCCGCGCCGCACGCUGGGCGCCCCGCCCUACUCCGCCUUCGGGAAGGCGCCCAGCAUAUUCAAGGACAAUUUGAAGAAGAUCAACGAAAGGAACAAGAAAAGCAAGACUGCUGUGUUUGGCAUCAACCGAUUCACAGACCUGACUACUGAGGAGGUAUUACAGAUGUACACAGGGUACAGACUAAAUGACCCGUAUGAGUGCCCUCCCGCCCAUGACUCUCCUGAUAUGACUCCGCCUGAAUCGCUCGACUGGAGAGACAAGAACAAAGUGACAAGGGUAAAGGAUCAGGGAAACUGUGGCUCCUGCUGGGCUUUCAGUGCUGUGGGUAAUUUAGAAGGGCAGUACGCCAUUAAACAUAAUGAACUUCAAGAAUUUUCGGAGCAGCAAUUAGUGGAUUGUGACAAGUAUGACUUCGGCUGCGGUGGCGGACUCAUGGACCACGCUUUUAUAUGGCUGCAAAAAAAUGGCGGCAUAGAGCUUGAAAAGGACUACCCUUAUGAGGGAAAAGAUAAUAAAUGCAAUUUCGACAACAGCAAGGCUUUCGCUACAGUCUCGAAUUGUGUCAGAUUUAAUGUAACAAAUAACGAAGAAAUGUUAAAACAAUAUUUGGCUACUACGGGACCACUCUCUAUAGCUGUGGAUGCAAUGCCAAUGGCGGCUUACACCGGUGGCAUAUUAGAUGACUGUGCAUCGAAUGACCUCAACCACGGUGUACUUCUGGUCGGAUACGGAACAGAGAACGGCGAACCGUACUGGCUUAUCAAAAACUCCCAUGGCACAACAUUUGGUGACAAUGGUUAUAUCAAGAUCAGAAGGGGCAUCAACUUGUGCAACAUCAUGGGCAGCGAGAUCAUCACUACAGUGUUGAAAAUGUUCCCUUUGGUAGUUCUCCUGUGUUGCCUGGGGGCUUUGGUCUCCUCGGCUCCUCAAAAAGUGUUUUAUUCUGUUAACGAGGCCCCGAGCUACUUCGAGGAUUUCAUGCAGACGUACAAUAAGGUUUACAGCAGCGAAGCAGAGAAGCAAACCAGAUUCGAAAUAUUCAAGAAAAACUUGGAAAUGAUCAACGAACAGAAUCAGAUUGAUGAUGCAGUUUUUGGCAUCAACGAAUUUACGGACUUGACCACAGAGGAGUUUAUUUCACACUACACCGGCUACGGUAAUGUCGGUGAAGAGAUUAGAUGCCAGUUAGUUAACAACGCGAGCCGCGUGUCUGCGCCUGAGUCGCACGACUGGCGCGCGCUGAACAAGGUCACUCCGUCUAAACCACAGAGUUCUUGCGGCUCCUGCUGGGCUUUCAGUGCUGUUGGUGCCGUCGAAAGUCAGUACGCGAUGGUCCACAGCCAACUGGUCGAUUUAUCUGAGCAACAAGUCGACUUAGCAAAUACCGGCGGCAUCAUGGGAGAACAGGACUACAGCUACCAGAAUGCGCAGGGCCCCUGCAGGUACGACGCCAGCAGGGCCGUAGUCAAGGUCACCGGCUGCCGCCAGUUUCGCCUGCAGUCGGAGGAGGAACUCAAGGAAAUCCUCGCGAGUGUUGGACCUAUCUCUAUUGCGGUCUCAAUUGACGGCACCUGGCAGAAAUACCGAGGAGGGAUAAAGAAAGUGUGCCCUCAAGGCCCACUCAACCAUGCUGUGCUUCUAGUUGGUUAUGGCUCAGAGGGAGGCAGACCGUUCUGGAUCAUCAAAAACUCAUGGGGCACUGGAUGGGGAGAAUCAGGCUUCAUCAGGAUUAAGAGGAACGUGAAUGCCUGUAACUUGAUGGGUGGUCAAUUCGUUACAGCAACAGUGCAGUAG